GACUGUACUCUGCUGCGCUGAUCAGCGAUUCGCUUCGAGACAAUUGUGAGCUGUUGAACAGUUGACAACAGUUUUACUGAACGUCUGAGUGUUAGCUUUUGUCUAAGAAGUCACUUACAGUUAAAACGAAUAGUUUUUAGUGCUAUUCGGCGUGUUUUAGAGUGUGGUUGUUUGCAGCUUAGCUCUUUAAAGAUGGCUGAUACAUGGAAUCGAGGACAUGGUGCUGUGGAUGACAUGUUGGAUGCUGAAAACAGACUGAUGGCAGAAAAUCUGGCCAGUAAAGUCUCUAGACUCAAAUCUCUGGCGUAUGACAUUGACAAAGAUGCAGAGGAGCAGAACACAUACUUGGAUGGCAUGGACUCCAAUUUUCUCAGUGCAACUGGCCUGUUGACUGGAAGUGUGAAGAGGUUUUCCACAAUGGUACGAUCCGGCCGAGACAACAGAAAGAUCUUGUGUUACAUAUCCGUGGGUUUGGUUGUGGUCUUCUUCCUGCUGUACUAUCUAGUGUCACGGCUCCAGAACUAAUGGGACGAUUGCUAGUAUUUAGAACGGUUUCUCAGUUGUAUGAGAAUGUUUGGUCCUCUCAUGAGGAGAUUACAGUGAAGUGUACAGCGGAUGUCUUUGCAUUAACAGAAAAGAGGAAUGACUGUGGCGUGAGGAUGAUUUAUCACAUUUCACUUUAUUUAAGCACACCCUUUGUUUACACUAUCAAACGUGGUCUGUUCAGGUGUAUAUUUUUUUAUUCAUAUUAGAAAGAAACAUGCCAUUGACCAAUAUUUGCUGAGUUAUUUCAAAUUAAAUAAAAGCAUAUUUUUAUAUUGUUUUACUGUUGUGGAUAAUGUAAGUAAAUGGAACGAUUUUUUUCAUAAUUAUUUACAUUAAGAUGAUUUAAAUGCAAAUGCUUCUCUUGUGAUUUUGCUUUUCUACCCAACCCAAAAAAUAAACAGAUAAAAAGUGUCCUUA